ACCACAGGGAUUUUACCAUUUCUUUCUCUUCAAACUCAAAAAGAGAGACAGAGAACGAAAAAGGAAACCUUUUAUGUGACAAACUCUUGAAUCUGUGAUGUGAUUGUGAAUGUCAGUUGUGGUCCAUCAGGGACUGAUUUGAUGAGGUGAAGUCAAACAGCACACAGACAGAGAGUGAGUCUGCUUCACGGAUGGAGUUGGGAAGCUCGUUCCACAAACAAGUGUUCACAGACGGGAACAUGUGUGAGCUGACCGACAGCGCUGGAUUGAAAUGAGACUGUAAAGACCAUAAAGUGUACCGACUUCACACACAACAGUUUUUGUUGGCAGGAUAUGAUGUGUGCUGGAAGGAAAAGCUCAUGAUGCAGAUUCUGAGUAUGAAUUCAAUGAAGAUGAUGAUGGUCAUGAUGAUGUCACUCUUAUACUCAGUUCUUGCUGAUCAAAGUUUAGAGUGUCAUAAUGACUACUUCAACACCUUCACAUGCGUUUGGAACACCUCAAAACUAACAACGAGUCCACCAGUCAGACCGGACUCAAACUGCUCCCUGAACAUCUUAGUUAAGACUAGUAGAUCCUCAGAGGAGAAAACUGCCAAACUGUCUCCUGACAGCACAGAGCCAAACAUACGCCACGCCACCAUCGAGUUUCAGCGAACUGAUGGUACAAUAAUUCCAGUAGUGUGGAUACAUCAAAACGUCAGAUGCGAUAACUUUGUGAAUCCUGUGGCUGAAAUACUUAAACACAAAGCACGUGACAGUGUAGUAAAAGUGUCUCCUCCUCAGAAGGUGGAAGUUGACAGGCUCAAUGUUUCCUGGAGUUUCGGAUCCCCAAAGUCAGUAUUCGUCAACUAUAACUUUGAACUUCAGUUCAAAUCUGCUGCUCAGAGCUGGACGGAUAUAGAAACGACUGCAGAAAUCACUGAUAUGCAUUUGGAGCUGCCAGAAAAGCAUUUGAUCUUCCAUGAGCAGUAUGUGGUCAGAGUGAGAGUCAAACCUUCACUGUCCAAUGCCAUCUGGAGUGAGUGGAGCAAAGAAUACAGCUGGACAUCUGAAGUGGGCAGGAGAUCCACCAUAUCUGGUGCUGUUGAGUUUCUGGACUGGUCUUCAUUUAUAAUAGGAAUAACUCUUACCGGAAUCACUCUUGCUAUCAUCUCAAUCUUGACCAUUCUCUUCAAAUGCAACAAAAACAUAUGGUUCGAGAAAAUCCAGUCCUCAUAUAUACCUGAUCCCUCCAAAUACUUCGGUGAUCUGAACUCUCACCAUAAAGGAAAUCUUAAGUCUUGGCUCGGUUCAGUUUUCGCUCUUGAGGUGGACUCGGAGUGCGUCAGUCCGGUCGAGGUCAUCAAACCACAGGAUUGCAACGAUUCCCGACACACCGAAAGAAUCAGCAGCGGUUUGCAGGACAAGUGGGAAUCCUCUGCCAAAUCCUCCAGCUUCUCAAACUCCACCUACUUCCUGUCUCAAAGCUCCACUGGGCCCCGCGACACCCUGGAACCCUGUCCGGCGCACUGCUCGUACGGGCCUGUGGGGGGAGACAGCGCUCCAAAGCCGGGUGUGCAGUGCUCCACUGUGGUCAUUCACAGCGCUGAAGAGAAGGAUGGAGGGAUUGAGAUGGAAUCUGCUCUGAAGAGACUUGAGCAGCUCCGUCAGGACACCCAGAGUCCCGAUUCAGGCUUCGCCGCUGGAGCUGAAGACAGCCUGGAAGAAACGGAUCUUCCGAGUCCUCUCAGUUUAAAUCUGCUCCCUCAGCUGCCACUGGACCUCCCUGCUCCUCAUCCCAACAAACUCCUGCUCUCAGGCUGGGAGCGAACUCCUCUUAUUCUGGGACCCAACUGUCUAAUUCCCGCCAUUGAAUUAGAUCUGGAUCUGCACAGCUCGUGUGGGCUGAUAGAACCCUGUAGUGGCGAUUACAUGCCCGUGAAAAAUGUGCAAAAUUAAUUUAUUCAGAAGGCAGCACAAGCAGCAUCCAUGCAGCAGCAGGGUGUUAAAUACUCUUCUAUUCACAUACAGUUCAGUUAUGAACAAUGAACAAAUUAGACGUACUGUACCGUUCUACAACUUAGUUUACAAUGAAUCAGACCAGGAAAAUUCUUAUUGUAUGUGAUAAGAAGGUUUAAUGAUCCACAUGUGUUAUCAUAAUAUAUUAUUUAUAUUUAUUGGAUGUUUGUCAGAUACCAGAAGUAAAAUAUGCUUGUCUUUUUUUUUCAAGUUUGCUUUUUUAUUCAAACAUGUAUUUUGAACAAUGUCUGCUAUUUUGAGGAAUGUAAAAUAAGUCAAUAGUUCUCAGUGACUCCGUGAAAUUGAAACCCAUUUGAGUGGACGCUGGCUGUGUCAGACAGACAGAAUUUCUUUUGAACUUGUUCUUGGAGUCUGCAGUCCAGUCGGCAUUGAAAAAUGAUGCCUUCGCAGGGCACUUCGAAGGGAGAACAGUCAUGUUUGCCAUGCUGAACGGUCAUUCCAAACAGAAUUUCCUGUAAGAAUAACUUAAAAUAUGAAUUCCGAAUGACUGUCAUUUUAAAGCUCCACACCUUUGAGUACUCCGAAGCUCUCACAGUGGAUGGUAACGACUUCGAAGGGAACAAGGGCAUAGGGAUGAUCCUUCUGAAUGGAACUUCAUCUGUUAGUAUUCUCAUUUAUAUCAAUAACAGUUGCUCGGCUGGCGCACACAUCCCUGGAGAUACAUGCACAUCACAGAGAAAAAGACUUGCUGUGACUUUGAAUGUUGUAAAAUAAAACUUUAUUUAAAUUGAACAUUUGUUUUACAUUUCUAUAACACAUAUAAAUAAAAAGUCCAGUAACUUUA